GUGCGCGUUUUCUCCCGCUUUGCCCAACUCCACAGUCUCUUUCAACGCCACGCCUCUUCUUCUUCCCCUCAGCUCUUCUGCGUUUCCGCCCAUUGCUGAGUUCUCAGCUAUGGCGCCAAGGAACAAGCGCCCGAAGACGGGUUUGCGCAGAAUAGACGCCGCGCUUGAUGCAAUGCGCCCGUUAGGGUUUCCCGAUCACUUGGUUCGCAAAUCAGUCAAAGAACUCCUCAAGGUGUAUGGAGAUGAGGGAUGGGCGUUUAUUGAGGAUGGAGCAUACAGAGUUCUGAUUGAGGUGAUGUUAAGUGAACAAAAGGAGUCUGAUCAUGAUGAGCAUGAUGAUCCCGGGGAAAAGCUUGCCCAUGAAUGUUCUGGUUUGCAGGGAAAUACUGAAAGUUCAGAGGCAGGACAGUGUGGGGAGAUGGCCUGUGGAGAUCAUGAUGGGGAUGAAUCCAUUAUUGAACUUGAAGUUGCUCACAACCAAAUGGAGAACCAAGGGAAAGGUCUAGAUCAAACCAUCAGCACCGCGAUCAGCUCUGUAGCGACGGACAAUACGCAGCAGCAACACCAGAGGCGAGUUCUCUUUGGCUUUGGCUUUGGCUUUGGCUUUGCUCCCGCAUUCUCUCAUCCCCGGACAGAUUCUGUAUCUGUUGGCUUUGCUCCCACAUCCGCUCUUCCACAGACGGACUCUGCAUCUUCGAAAAGAAGGCGUAAACCUUGCUAUGGAUGGAUUAGCGAUGAUGAUGAAGACGAGGAAGAUAACAUUGGAUAAUACUAUCUAAACACAGUGAUGUUCAUAUAUGCACUUGGUAUCUGCCAAUUUACCUGUCUUAUACUUUUGAUUUAUGUUUUUGAAGUUAUAAUGUGAUGGUAGUUUGGCAGAUGUAUUAUUACCUUCUUUUGACAUAGGCAAGUGACAUCUUUUGUUGGUACUGGGAGGUUUAUAUACUUGUGUAAUAUUAAAAACUGAAAAAAAAAUCGAAAUUUAAUUCUAGUUAUUUUUUGAAAAA